CACACCGCGGGCCAAAUGGUUAUUGCCUGCCCUGUUGGAGGGGACCUAGUUCAAUCUGGGCCGACCCUUGUCCCUCAGGUGGGCCUCAACCGUCCUCAAGGCCUUGUUCCUAGGCAGCCAGGCUUCACCCUCUCGCCUCCACCUCUCUUCUCAUCCCAUUCCCAUUCCCCUUCUCCUCGGCUCCGCUGCUCUUCGUCCCGCGAGAGGAAGCCGCGGCGGCGAUCGUUACCGGCUUGCCGCCAUAGUCAGUCGGUAGGGACAGCGAUCCCCGUUAUCUUCUGCCCCGUCGCACCUGAUUACAGUAUGUUAUCCUUGAAAUAUGGAACGCCAACAUUUGGUUUAGCGUUGGAGAGAACUGCUGUUCCACAUACUCAGAAGUUCAGUUCUGUAGUGGUGUGUGGUGCCAGGGGUCCGAGACCAAGAUAUCCUCGUGUGUGGAAAGCUGAUAAGAGAAUCGGAACCGUUUCCAAGUCACAAAAGCUUGUCAAAUGUAUUAAAGAUUUGUCUAAUGUAAAGGAGGAAGUUUAUGGUGCUCUUGAUUCAUUUGUUGCAUGGGAACUGGAAUUUCCCUUGAUAGCAGUAAAGAAGGCACUGAAGACGCUUGAAGACGAAAAGGAAUGGAAAAGAAUAAUUCAGGUUAUUAAAUGGAUGUUCAACAAAGGUCAAGGGAAGACCAUGGGCAGCUAUUACACUUUGUUGAAUGCUUUAAUUGAGGAUGGACGAGUUGAGGAAGCAGAAGAGUUAUUUGGAAAGAUAUUCUCAAGAUAUAUGGAGGGUUUGCCCCGAACCUUUUUCAUGAGAAUAAUCUCCUUGUAUUACAGUUUGGGAUCAUACCAGAAGAUUUUUGAGGUUUUUGCUGAUAUGGAAGAGUUGGGUGUUAGACCUGAUCGUUCAAUUGUCAGGAUGCUCGGUCAGGUAUUUCAGAAGUUAGAGAUGUUUGACAAAUACGAAAAAUUAAUAAAGAAAUAUCCUCCGCCAAAAAUUGAAUACCGAUACAUCAAGGGCAAGCGCAUCAGGUUAAAGAUUUACCCAGACAAUAGUACUGAAGAGGCAACAAACAAAUACUCUGCCACAGAAGAACUGGAAGAGGCAGAAGGCAUAAAUCUAGACAAGAAAUUGGAAGAAGCAGCAAGCACGGGCAUGGAUAAGAAUGUAUUGCGCGAUGCAGCAUGUGGAGACCUUGAAUUUGUAUAGAUAAUAGCUUUCAUGCCUGCUUCAUCAUGCCAGUAUGGACAAAAUGAACUGUAAAUGGAAAAUACAACUGUCCAAUUUGAAUGGUCUGGUCACAAUCGAUACAUCUGAUUAUUAAGGACAAGCUCAUCUGGGGUUCAUAGUGCCUUCACCAUGUGCAACAUACAUCACAGUGAGAUGUCCCUGAUUUUGAUAGAAAUGCUUGGUCGUUGCUGAGAAACGUAGGUGGUGUUGUAAUCUUCAUUGUUGUUGUUUUGGACGCUACCUCUUUCAAUGAAGCAUAUACAUGACUAUGGGUGUAUUCUUCAUCCAUCCAUUUCAGUGUGCACACAGAAUCAAGUACGGAGUAUUAUUUGUAGGCUGUAGCAUUACCAGUAUUAUGUAUCCCUGAACGAUUGACUGUAACCGGUAUCCUAGCAAUAUGGUUUUUACAUGAAUAUCUGUCGCUUUAA